AUGAGAAAAGGAGAACAUUUCUUUCUUUCUUAUCGUAGAGAAGCUAUUGAUUCUCUCUUCUUUCUCUCUCUCUCUCUCUCUCUCCCUUUCUCUCAACAAGGAGUCUCUCUCCCUUUCCCUCUCUAUAUCUCUCUCCUUUCUCCCCUCUCUCUCUUUAAACAUUCUCUCUCUCUCUCACUCUCUCGCCAUUCAUUCUCUUGCUCUCUCCCCUUUCUCUCUUUUUUGAUCUCCUCCCUUUCUCUCUCUCUCACUCUCUUUCCCUUUCUCUCUCUCUCUCCCUUUCUCUCUUUCCCUUUCUCUCUCUCGCUCUCUCUCCCUCUAUCUCCCUUUCUCUCUCUUGCUCUCUCUCCCUUUCUCUCUCUCCCUCUCUCUUUCCCUUUCUCUCUCUCGCUCUCUUUUUCUCUCUCUCUCCCUUUCUCCCUCUCUCUCGCUCUCUCUUUCCCUUUCUCUCUCUCUCCCAUUCUCUCUCUCCUUUCCUCUCUCUCCCUUUCUCUCUCCCUUUCUCCCUCUCUCUCUCUCUCCCUUUCUCUCUCUCGCUAUCCACAGCUGUGUGUUAAUUAG